AUGAAUAGAAUUUUCAAUAACGCAACUACUAGAUGUCUUGUACAACAACAAAUCAGUAACCAUUCAAGAUACUCUUACUCUACAUUGAACCCAACAACAGGAGAUCUUAAAAUCAAGACCCGUAUUCCUAUCUUUAAACCAACUGAUGACAGUGUCGAACACAUUGCUAUUGGAAAGCUCAAAGAAGAUGAACACUCUGUAGCUCUCUACAGCUUAGAAUUCAUCUCUUUGGAUAAUAUUGUUAACCUCAAUGCUGAACAAUUAUCACGUUUGGUUGUCAUCCCAAAAGAAGGAAAAUUAACAUUGGAACAAAGAAUUGAAAAGCUUGAAUCUGAUUUAAAGAGAAUAACCCAACAAACAUCUGAUCCAUCAAAAUCAGCCACCAACAACAAAACUAAAAUCUAA